UCCCCCCAACUUUCACUUUAUAAAUCUUCGACUAAUUUUUCACCUCCAGUCUUCAUUCCACCAACAUGCGUUUAAGAUUAGGUGACAUUGUGCCCAAUUUCAAAGCCGAGACAACCCAAGGCCCUAUCCAGUUCUAUGACUGGCAAGGCGACAAAUGGGUAGUUUUAUUCUCCCAUCCGGCCGACUUCACGCCGGUUUGUACCACCGAAUUGGGGCGCAUUGCUGUCCACCAGCCCCAUUUCGCCAAACGCAAUGUCAAACUCCUUGCACAUUCAUGUGACAAACUCAAAGAUCACGUUGAUUGGGUUAAUGAUAUCAAAUCGUAUUGCCGCGACAUUCCCGGGGAAUUCCCCUAUCCUAUAAUUUCAGAUGAAAAGCGCGAGUUGGCUGUGAUGUUGGAUAUGAUUGAUCAGCAGCAUAAAGACGAUGCACAGAGAGCACUAACAGUGAGAGCCCUCUAUAUUAUAGACCCCAAGCACGUCUUGAGACUUUCCWUGCAUUAUCCUCAAUCAACCGGUCGGAAUGUGGAUGAAAUUUUGAGGGUCAUUGACUCAUUGCAAUUGGUGGAUAGGGUACCACAAGUGGCGACUCCUGCCAACUGGGUACCGGGAGAAAAAGUUAUGAUUUURCCAACAGUCAARGAGGAGGAAGCCCAAAAAAUUUUCGCUGGAAAAGUUGAUAAGGUGUCUAUGCCUUCAGGCAUUGUCUACGUGCGCACCACUACCAAUUAUCAAUAAUCAUUUCAAAAUAAAAAUUACGAUUUCAAA